AUGAAAAAAGUAACAAUUAAUUCUGAUUUAAAAAGAAACGGUUUUAAAACCCAAAGAUUAUCAGAUAAAUGUAAAAUUUAUUCAAUAUUUGCAUUUAUAAGCACUGUAUUGAUUAGUGUAUGUAUUGGUUUUCUUUAUACUAAAUUAAGUGAAGAAAGAAAUAAUAUAUUUCAUUUUGAAAAAAGAAUAAAAAAUUCUACUGUUGGGAUUGGAAUAAGUAAAGUAGAGUUAGUUAAAAUUAUUCCUUGUAAAGAUGAAACAAAUUAUUCUGACUUAAAAGUUAAAAAAGAACAUCAAUUAGAAAAUCGUAUUAAUCAUUAUUUAAAUUUCGAUAAAAAGAAAAUAAUAGAAUUAGAGUCGGAUGAAUUAAAAAUUCAAUUGAAUAAUUUAUAUAAGGUAAUUUUUGAAUCAUUUAAAGGUGAAAAAACUAAUGUUUUUCAACAAAAAAACAUUUAUAAUGCACUUAUAUUUUAUUUUGUUGAUGGAAAAUUGAUAGAUGAAAAAAAUAAUGAGUUUAAUAAGAAAGAAUUUUUACUAUUAAAUCACUGCUUUAAUUUUGAAAAUCUUAGUUACUUUAUUCAAAGAAUGUUUUUAACAGAAAUUCAUGUAAAUUUAUCAUCUAAUUUUUUUAUGCCUCCAGUUUUUUUUGAAACUUUAGAAAAAGAGUUCACAGAAUUGAAAACAUUAUUUGACUAUAUUUUAGUUUUAAAUUUAGCUAAAAUGAUUCCUUUUAUUCAUUCAAAUCAUUCUUUUCGUAACAAUGAGUAUAAAUAUGUAAGUGAUAAAUGUAAUGAAAUUUUCAUGAAAAUAUUACUAGCUCUUGAUAUGGCAAGUAAAAAUAAUAAUGAAAUUUCAACUAUAAAAGAUGGUUUUAAAGAAUAUAUUGAACAAUUUUAUCCUGAUAAUGAAUUUGAAAAGAGAAUAAACGAAUUUGAAGUUGAUCAAGUUGAUCAAAAUUAG